GAGAAACUACGGAGGAGAUGCUGCUGCAGCCGAAAACCCCAUUUAUCUGGAGUUUCAUGCAUUUCCUCGGCUCAUGGAUCAUUUAAUGUUUGCAUGAUCGAUUUCCCCAUUGGAAGCUGGAAUAAGUAUAUAAAGCAGAGGUUGGUUUUGUGGAUGUGUGUUGAUGUCGUCAUCAGAGGACAGUCGAGCGCAUUCCAUCGAAUAUUCGGCCGGAAGAAACUGCGCGAGGGUUUGUUUUUAUUUGGAUAUAAAUGGAGCAUGACGCUUGAUGCUGUUCAUAACGAAGAAGGGAAAUAAAAAACGGAAAUAUCCCCGUAGAAGAGGCCCGAGUCCUGUCGUAAUUGAGAUACAUCAUUGUUUAUCCAUCACUGACACAUGAACCGGAUGGAGGAGCUUGUAAACCAGUGGAUUUGGCGGCAGGACUUCUGGCUUCCACCUGGCGUCACAUGGCAGGACAUCGCUGACGGGACGGCGGGCAGCAGUCGGCAUCCUGUCCCCCGCGACCUGCUUAUCUCGCUGCCGUUGGCCCUGGGUUUCAUCGCCCUGCGGUUUGUUUUUGAAAGGGUUGUCGCGUUGCCUCUCAGCCGACAGUUGGGAGUGCGUGACAAGGUUCGAGUUCGGGUCACGCCCAUCCCAAAGCUGGAGGAGUUUUACCUGCAGAAAAAGAAGCAGCCCUCACAGAAUGAGAUAACGCUUUUGAAAAAUCACUGUGGACUCAACCAGCACCAAAUCCAGAACUGGCUGCGCCACCGCAGAAACCAGGACAUACCCAGUAACACCAGGAAGUUUUGUGAAGCUUCGUGGAGGUUUGUCUUUUAUCUCAUUGUGUUUUCGGCUGGUCUUGUCUCUUUGAUUAAUACUCCAUGGUUUUGGGAUCAUCGUGAAUGCUGGCGCGGAUACCCCAGACAGCCUGUAGCAGAAGUUCAGUACUGGUAUUACAUCGUGGAGUUGUCCUUCUACCUCUCACUUCUGCUCUGUGUUACAACGGACAUCAAGCGCAAAGACUUCAAGGAGCAGAUCGUUCACCACAUCGCCACCAUUUUCCUGAUCGCAUUCUCGUACUGUGGCAACUAUGUGCGCGUUGGAACUCUGGUGAUGUUAGUCCACGAUUCUUCAGACAUCCUGCUAGAGUCUGCCAAGAUGUUCCAUUAUGCUGGUUGGAGGAAGACGUGUGAUACCCUAUUUAUCGUUUUUGCCACAGUAUUCCUGGUAACUCGUCUUGUGGUUUUCCCAUGCAGAAUUGUCUACACAACUGUUGUAGAUUCACUGGAAGUCUUUCUCCCGUAUCCUGGUUAUUAUUUCUUCAAUGCCCUGCUCUUGACACUUCAAGCACUGCACAUCUUUUGGGCUUGGCUGAUUCUUCGAAUGAUUUACAAAUUUAUCUUUUUAGGCAAAGUCGAACGAGAUGAACGGAGUGACGUAGAGAGUGAUGUUGAUGAAGUUGGAGAGGAAGAAUGCAGUUGGGAGCAGAAGAAGGGAGUCUUUAACUCCAAACUGGCUUCACUGACCAAUAACUGUGUGCUGAACAAUUUAACCAAUCAGAGACGAAAGAUGAACAGCAGAACACCGAAAGCCAGAUAGUAAUACUGCAAUACCUGUUUGUAUGCUUUGUUUGUUUCUUUGAUUUCUUGUGUUUAAACUUAAUUCAACUCCCACCCUCAUGGAUUGUCUGUUGCGAACAAAGUCCAACUAUAUUUUCAGAUUGAUGUUUGAAUACUUAAGACAAUGUAGUAAAACCAGCGGAUUCCCCGAGUUAUGCUACUUGUUUGUACUGUUACAUUUUGUACCUUUUGAUUGUAUUUGAUAUAGGUUCAGAGUCUUGUCUUUAAUUCAUUUGUUUAAUUUAAUGAAUUAGUCUUGUUUUUAAUAAGAGCACAUAUAGCACCUAACAUUUAGGAAAGCAAGCGUAAAUAGAUGGUGUGAAUGACCAUGUGAAUGAUCAUCCAGUUGAAGUGUUGAAGAUACUGAAUAUUCAGUAUGUUUUAUUAAAAGAUUAAAAUGCAACGCAGACAUAUUUGACUACUAUACUGUAUAUAUUAAACAUUAAAUUAGUUUGACGUUCACAAUGAUUUAUUUCAUAAAUAAUCAUUUUAUGUAACUUUUCAACUGUUGUUUAAGUUGCUAAACUGUUCCGAUUGUUCUUUAUGGAACAGUGAUGGAUAAACAUACAAAAUAUCAUUUAUGGUUAAUUUUACUUCUGAAGAGAGCCACUACGUUGAGUUUCUUUCUUAAACUCUUAGCUACCUCAGCAAAAUGCUAAAGAUAUUUCAUGUUGAUAUUUCUUCUGAAUUGUCAGAUAUUUUUGUUUGUGUGAAUUUUCUGUGAUGACUCAUUUAUGGUCGUGGACUGUUAGAAAAGACUUACAGCGACCUCUAGUGGUGUAAUAUCCACUUGACUUUGUGAUACUACUGAAAGAUCUUGUUGCAAGAAACUACUGGAGUUUGUUUUGGAGUAUACACCAAUCAGACACAACAUUAAAACCACCUGCCUAAUAUUGUGUAGGUCCCCAUCGUGCCACUAAAACCACUCUGACCCGUCCAGGCAUGGACUCCACAAGACCUCUGAAGGUGUCCUGUGGUUUCUGGCACAAGACGUUAGCAGCAGAUCCUUUAAGUCCUGUAAGUUGUGAGGUGGGGCCUCCAUGGAUUGGACUUGUUGGUCCAGCACAUCCCAUAGAUGCUCAAUCGGAUUGAGAUCUGGGGAAUUUGGAGGCCAGGGCAACACCUUGAACUCUUCGUCAUGUUCCUCAAACCACUCGAACAAUGUGUGCAGUGUGGCAGGGCGCAUUAUCCUGCUGAAAGAGGCCACUGCCAUAAGGGAAUACCGUUGCCAAGAAGGGGUGUACCUGGUCUGCAACGAUGUUUAGGUAGGUGGUAUGUGUCAAACUAACAUCCACAUGAAUGCCAGGACUCGAGGUUUCCCAGCAGAACAUUGCCCAGAGUAUCACACUGCCUCCACCGGCCUGCCUUCUUCCCAUAGUGCAUCCUGCUGCCAUCUCUUCCCCAGGUAAACGA